CUCUCUCUGCCGUUGUUCCUUCUUGUCCAUUUAUCUCUGUUCUCCAUGUCCUCUGCUGUUCUGUCUCUGGGGUUCUCGCUGUCAGGUAAUGAGGAGCUGUGGGUCCCUUCAGCCUUGGAGAUGCCGAAGCGUCGAGACAUCCUGGCUAUCGUGCUGAUAGUUCUUCCCUGGACACUGCUCAUCACCGUGUGGCACCAAAGCACCAUUGCUCCGCUGCUUGCCGUGCACAAGGAAGAUGGUGGAGAUGCCCGCCGUGACUUUGUCCAAGGCUCAGACUCCAAGGAGUACUGCCUGUCCGACCGCGACAUCGUGGAGGUAGUUAGGACAGAGUAUGUCUACACCCGACCACCUCCCUGGUCGGACGCCUUGCCCACCAUCCAUGUCGUCACGCCCACCUACAGCCGGCCGGUCCAGAAGGCAGAGUUGACGCGGUUGGCCAACACUUUUUUGCACGUGAUGAACUUGCACUGGAUCCUAGUGGAGGACUCCCAGCGGAGGACCCCUCUUGUCACCCGGCUCCUGAGGGACACGGGGUUGAACUACACCCACCUCAACGUGGAAACCCCACGCAACUACAAGCUGAGGGGGGACAUGAGGGACCCCCGCAUCCCCCGGGGGACAAUGCAGAGGAACCUGGCCCUACGGUGGCUGCGAGAGACCUUUAACAAGAACAACAGCCAGCCGGGGAUUGUUUACUUUGCGGAUGAUGAUAACACCUACAGCCUGGAACUCUUUGAGGAGAUGCGGACUACCAGGAAAGUGUCGGUCUGGCCGGUGGCCUUUGUGGGUGGCUUGCGCUACGAGUCGCCCAAAGUGAAUGCUGCCGGGAAGGUCUACGGGUGGAAGACUGUAUUUGACCCCCACCGGCCUUUUGCCAUUGACAUGGCAGGCUUUGCUGUGAACCUCAGGCUCAUCCUCCAGCGACCUCAGGCUUACUUCAAACUGCGAGGAGUGAAGGGCGGGUACCAAGAGAGUAGCUUGCUCCGGGAGCUGGUGACCCUGAACGACCUCGAGCCAAAAGCUGCCAAUUGCACUAAGAUCCUUGUCUGGCACACAAGGACGGAGAAACCCGUGCUGGUGAACGAGGGGAAAAAAGGCUUCACAGAUCCAAACGUGGAAAUCUGA